AUGUGGAAGACUGCUCGUUAUCUCCUAGUCCUGGUGUGCUUGCUCUAUACAGUGAGCUGCCACGAGACGAACCCCGGUCACUAUCUUAUUGUAUUGAGAGAUGAUGUUGAUACUCAACUUCAUGAACAUAUCGCCUGGGUCAACGACCUUAACCGAAACAGCAGCUCGGGGCAUCAUGGAGUCCAGCGCUCAUAUGAUUGCCCCAUCGGCAAAGGAUAUUUUGCACACAUCUCUGGCAAAACAGCAAAAGAGAUUGAACAAUCCGAUGAGGUCCUUCAUAUUGUCCCACAGUCCACGUGGUCCCUUGCGUCAGUACCAUCAGAAGAAGAUAUCAUUGUUGAUGAUAAAAUUGAUCCCAAAAACUGGGCUCUUACCGCAAUCUCUUCGAACCCACCAAAAGCCAAAGGCCCAUAUAAGUAUCACACGUCCUCGGCCACUGGAACUUACAUCUACAUUGUAGAUACUGGCAUUCAAUCUGACGAUCCAGAGUUUGAAGGGCGCGUGAUCAAUGGCUGGGGGUACACUCCUGACGGUGAUCUUGACCAGUCAGAGAGUCACGGUGAGAUGUUUCAUGGCACUUUUGUGGCCGGAAUUGCAGGAGGUCGCCGUCAUGGAGUUGCUAAAAAUACUACUUUGGUUGAUGUGAAAAUUGGGUAUGACAAGGCAAAAUCCGACCAUAUUUGGGAUAAUACGGUUGUUGAUGGGCUUUGCUGGACAGCGAAUGAUAUCAAGGAGCACAAACGUGCCAAAAAAGCCGUUGUCAACUUAUCACUCAGUGCUGGCGAUAUGCAGUGCGAGAUUGCACGGCAUUGGGUCAAAAAUCUCGCGGAGGGAAAUGUGACGGUAGUUAUUGCCGCAGGGAACGAUGGCGAAGACGUCAAAAGUACCUGCCUGGGAAAAAGCCGCCAUGCUAUCCAUGUUGGUGCAUAUGACAAUAACUUCAACGCUGCAGCUUUCAGCAACCACGGCACAGGUAUUGAUAUCUGGGCACCUGGGGCGGGUGUACGAUCCGUUCUUUCUCAGGCUGUUCUCAAAAGAACUCGACGCGGUUGGGGCUGGCCCGAUGACAAGCGCUCCGGGACAUCGUUUGCCGCCCCACAUGUGUCCGGAGUUAUUGCUGGCUGGAUGGCCGAAGAAGACGAGGGCCUAUUUCCAAGUGAGGUUCGGCAGAAAAUAAAGGAGCUCUCUUUUGAGGGUAAGCUGGGAGAUGGCGACUUUCAUGACGAGGAUGUCCCAGAGGAGGAGUGGGAAUAUCGAUUAGCCAACAACCGAAUAAUCUACAAUGGCGCUGAUGGAGUCCCGAAGGUGAUUGUGAAGGAGAAUACCGAUUAG